AUGGGCCUAAGAGAUACAUUGGGUAGUCAUUUCAAAGGUGUACCAAUUACAUCUUUCACAUGGGAAUCUGAAAGUGAUUCUGGUUUUAUUAUUGGCUGUGAAGCUGGUGGCAUUUUUAGGUGUUCACUCAAUGGUGAAUUGAGGGAAGAAGCACCUGAUGAUCCACUUCGACCAACAGAUUGGUUACCAUUGAAAAAUCCAAUUGUCAUGGCUUAUGUGUAUCAUCGAGCCAUUGUAACUAAUGUUGAUUUUUCGCCUAAUCUGAGAAACAUUUUCAUUUCGACUGGUAAAGAUAAUGAGCUUCGAGUUUGGGAUGUUUUCCAGUCUAAACCCUUAUUUGUGGUUCAUUGUGAUGUGAAUAUUGUCUCGACUAUUUGGUUAUUUGCCCGACCAGUUAUAUUUACUAUCCAAGAAGAUGGUUUCAUAUGCAUCUAUUCAAUAACAAAUAAAGCAAAGCCUAAAUCUAUUCAUCGGUUCAGUCUGGAGGAAAGGAAACCCGCUGAAUACAUUUGGUCAAAUUACUUGGCAAGAGAUGAUCAAUUGGCCAUUUCUGAUCAAGAUAAUGCAAUUCAUCUUUACUCAGUCAAUUUAAACAGUGAAACAAUCAGAGACAAUGAAAAUAAUUGA